CUAUUUUGCCUCAAAGCUGCAUGUAGUUGCAGGGGCUCUGACGCUCAUUCUCUGCCUCGUUGAAGUAAUCCCUGUGAUUCGUAUUUGCUUCUGACGCUCACCAAGUCCUUCUAACAGGUGACUAAGAAUUAAUUUUUUGAAUCUUACCAUCAACACGAGUUUGCCUCGAGUUCAUUUGUCGGAUGCGGCUUAGCGGGAAUCCGUAGGCGAAUGUCUAUCGUUGAGUCAGUAUCCAAUCGAUGAGACGUCUGGAGUAUGUGUGCAAGGAACGUGGUCAAAGUUCGUAGGGUUUUAAAAGAAGCACGGUCAAACGCCACGGUGCCCCAGUAUCAUCCUUAACAUCCCUUCCAAAUCGCGAUGAACCCAGAUGCAAGAAACAAGCAUACAAACGUCGUACUCUUUGGGCAGGGAGGAGCAGGAAAAAGCUCACUUGUCAAUCUCAUAGCGGGAGAGAAUGUAGCAAAAACAUCCAAUGACCUGACACGCUGUACGCUGAAGUGGGAAGAGCAUUCCGUCAAUUUUGGUGGCGACUCUUAUAAGAUAUUCGACACUGUUGGACUCGAGGAACCACAGCUGGGAAUCCCACAGUAUCUUGAUGCUGUCGAGAAUGCCUAUGGUCUCAUCCACGAAUUGGAGGGACAAGGCGGCAUUGAUCUACUUAUGUUCUGCAUGCGCGCAGGCCGACUCACCGCUACACUUCAAAACAAUUACCGGCUCUUUAACGAAUUCCUUUGUGAAAAGAAGGUCCCCAUCGUUAUAGUGAUCACAUAUCUCGAAAACGAAGUCGGGGAAAUGGAUGACUGGUGGAAGAGAAACAAAGAUACUUUCCGUCACCAGGAGUUCUAUGUCAAUGGACAUGCGUGCAUCACCGCCAUUCAAGGCAAAUGUCCGGAACGGCAUGAGCAAUCGCGCACCACGCUCCGCAAACUUGUCAAGGAGUGCACUACUGGCGGGCAGAAGCGAGCAUGGAAAGGAGGAGACAACCUGUUCGUGUCGUUGAUGCGACAGCUGAGGGGGCUAGUUUCAGGGAAAUCGCGUUCGAAGAAGGAUAAUAUUGCCCCUCGCCUUACCAAGAGGUGCGGUUUGACUCCGGAGGUCGCAAAGCAGUUGGCCGAUAGGAUUAAGAAAGACGUGGGAGCUACUUGACUUCCGGUGUUCGAUAGCUUGUCCUCAUUCCGGUUGUAGACUUACCUUGCCAAUACGUUAUAACAUACACUUGUAAUGAUUUCACUCUUUGAAAUUCUC